AUGGAUCGUUCGCCGCCCGGAAAACCAUCACAGUUUCAAUUACCGUACGGAUCAUUGAGCCAACAUGGAUUUCAGUUUCAGAACCAGAUCCCUCUCCAGGGCCGAAAGCAACCGCGACCUCGGUACAAUUCCCUACCUGGAGAGGACGACAUACACAACGAAGGCAAACAAGGACCACCGAUCACGGCGACAAGAGAUACGGAACGGCACAGCGGCGGCAAGAGGGUCAUCUUCGCUUCCCUCGCGCUGAUUGUGGUGCCAAUGUUAGGUCUCGCGGGCCUGCUGCUCGGUUUGGUGCUGGCCAACGAUGUCGAAAAGCCCGCGGACAGGUCGUCGGGCACCUUGACCUUGAAUUUGAGAUCCGAGUUUGAUGAUGACGCCUACUAUGUGGACUUCAAUCCUACCACGCUCGUUACAAUCGCGUCUUGGUCAUCUACAGUUGCGCCCUUACUGGCGGUGUGCGCAAUGAUCCUGGUGUCUUUCCCGAUUGCUCAGUCACUGAAGGCAAACUCGCAAAUGGCCGGGUCUGAGCUGCCCACUCCCUGCCAGUUCGCAUUACUCCUAGACUGUCUUUCCGCUGGCAUCACUCCGCUGUGGAACGCGCUUUCAUACUGGCGUUGGCCUCAGAAGGAAGGAGCCAUGGCUUCGAAUGUGCGCAAUGCUUUGACGGUCCUGGCGAUAUUUAUGGUCCUGGGAUACACGAUCGCUGGGGUAGAUACUUGGCUGCAUUUGGUCAUGGAAGCAGUCAAUGUAGAACUGGUUGACGUCCAGCCCCCGUCUCAAGCCCUCGGCCGCGGGCUUCCUGAUGGCCCAUGCUCCAACCCGACAGCCGCUGAUUUCGACGCAGGCGAUUGUAUCAUCAGACUCGGCGCAACGAGUGUAUUCCUCACGGGCGCGAACGAAGCGGCAAGGGUUAUGAGUAACACGUCCACCACCAACGCCGUCUACGACAUGUAUAUUGACGACACACACUUCGCCUACCUCGGCCCUUCCAUCAUUCCUUCGAACCUCGACUACCGGGCAGAAUCUCUGGCAAUUCAUACGGAGUGCAGGCAAAUGGGCAAGCAAUGCAACCUUGGGGUCAACCAGUCCGGCACAUCAGAGCCGUUCCACUGCACGGACGCAUUCUACGGUGAUUUGGCACAACCGAUCAUCAAUGGUGAUGAUACGGACGGUGUUACGGGUCUUGCUUUUCGCUCUGCCGGCAUUGUGUUCUUUCGGGACCCUGGUCUCACUCAGCUGGCAAACAAGUCUACAGAGACGGAGAGCUUCCUGACACGUCCAAGCAAUCCACAGCAUCUCGCUGCUUGGGCAAAGGUUGAAUUGGGCGCCACAACUCUGCAAACCGCCGAUGGUAAUGUGGUCACACCGACACACGGCGGCACCAGUUGGCUCCUCAAUUGCUCUGCGACCGCCUACGACAUCACCUAUAGUUUCGUCAAUGGCAGUCUUCGGCACGCGAGGGCCGAGGUGGCAAACGGCUCUGUGGGGACUAUUCUUGCCGCUGGCAACUACUAUGGGUUCGGCAAAGUGGCACUAGAAACUGCGGCGUACUCGGCAAGUCAGUACAACAACACUGCGCAGAUGGCCGAUGCGUGGGCGAGGGCAUACUCCAGAACCGCCAUGGCACUGGGCUCCGGCAUCAUGACGGCAAGGGCCGACUUGGACGAACAAAUGCGCAGCACGAGGCUGGUCUCCAGAGUGCCCAAAGCUCCCCUAUACACGCUUGUUGCCUUGAAUACUGUUUACGCGGUCCUCGGAUUUGUCCUCGCCUGGCUAGCACUAAGCUCCAAUCCGUCCGAGACAAAUGAGUUGCGAGAGAAGCUGAGCACGGCAGGCCUUGUUGCCUUUUGCUUUGAAGGUGACAGAGCUGAUAAACGCGUGGACAAGAAGCGGGAGAUGUUUGCUGAGUACGAAGGUGCCCCUUCCAGUAGGGUUGGAGUUGAGGAGAGUACCUACCACGGAGGAUACGUCUUCAGGUUGAGAUACGGGCCGCACAAGGCCGUGCCGGACCAUUUGUCUGCUGAUGGACAAUGA